AUGGAGUUAUCAUCUGUUUCUUUCUCUUUCUUCUUCUACUUCUUCUUCUCCUCAUCAAUAGCUUCUUCUCAAUUGAAAGCUUUUGAUCUAAUGUUUGUUUCGGAAUCAUUUCAGCUGCUCUCUGAAAUUUUGUUGAAGGUAAUUUGGAUCCUAAUUUCUCCUCCUCCUGUUUCUUCUUCUUCUUCCUCUUCUAAUCAAUUGCUUCUUCAAUGGAAGGCUUUUGAUCUAAUUUCUUUCUUGAAUUGUGGUUUGAUUUUAAAGAUUACAUUGAAGAAGUCCGGAAUCAACUCUAACCCUAAGUAUCGGACCAGGAUUUCUGGGAUAAGAGAGGUCGAUGGUACUCAGCCUUCUAGCUUUGCCACCAAAAGCAAGGAGACAUACUUGAAGAACUCUGAAGGUACUCAGCCUUCUGGCUUCGCCACCAAAAGCGAGGAGAAAUAUUUGAAGAACUCUGAAGAUUUUUCUUCUUCUGAAGAUGGGAUUUCGGAUUAUGAAUCCAAGCUGAAUCAGGUCGUUGAGAAGGAACCUUCGAAAUCUGCUGGCCCUGUUACCAGAAGCAACUCCAAGUAUCAGGCUAAAAUAUCUGCGACCAAACAGGAGGUCCAACCUCUGAGGUCUGGUCAUCUUACUGAAAGCAAGGGCAAGUGUUUGGAGUACUCUGAGUCUUCAUCUGAAGACUCAAUUUCUGACUAUGAACAAGAGCUGAAACAAGUCGUUAGAAGUCCGUCUGCAAGAUCUUCUGGCUAUGACACCAGAAGCAAGAAAAAGGCUGAGAAGAAGAUUAAGGAGAGGAGCUCUGUAGAUUCUUGUCAGAAAUUUGUCCCUGUAAGUGAGCCUGUAGGGUCUUCUAGCUGUGACCCUAGAAGUGAGAAAAAGAAGAAGUCUUUGAAGAAGAGUUCUACUGAAGAGUCUCUUCAGAAAUUUAUAAAUGUCCCUGUAAGUGAGCCUGUCGGGUCUUCUAGCUGUGACCCUGGAAGUAAGAAAAAGAAGAAGUCUCUGAAGAAGAGUGCCGUUGAAGAUUACUCUACACAUGAAAUUGAUGAUGUGCCUCUCUUGCGCAAGACAAUUAAAAAUCAUUUCUAUAGGUUCUUGUUUGAUCUGUACAAGUUGUUUGAUGCUGAGGGUCUUCUCAAGACUGGCUUAUAUGAUAAAGUUGAACCUCUCACAGGUUACUUUUUGGACGGUUUGUUCGAAGAGAUGGAUCAGAUAGUUUAGUUUUAUGAUAUGUGGCUGUAUUUGUCUGAAUGUUACGAGUAUGUCAUGACUCAUGAGUGAUGUUCCACAAUUUAGGUUCUCCACGUCUUCUCUUUUGAUUUUCUGGAAAAGCAGACUAUUAAUAUCUUCUUUCUGAUGUUGAUAUUUUUAUUGUACUUCUGUCCAUUUUCUUAAUGGUAACUGCUUGGAUCAUGGCAUAUUCUUUGAUUAGAGAAGAAGGUAACUAAUGUCAACACAGUUUUGUUUUCAUAAAUUUAUUUUUGGUUAUAAUCAAGAUAUAACCAAAAAAAAAACAAUAUUGUAUCAAAGCAAAAAAAAAAAAAAACAAUUUUGUAA